ACGCGUCCUAGUCAGUGAAUUAUUAAUUGAACGAAGUAUCAAAGAGUAACAUCUAGUUGAGAAUCGCUGUAACGUCUUCUGCUGCACGUCAAUGCCCGAACUGUCAAGAUCGUUCUACCACCAUCUACUAUAACUCGCAAUAAGCUUGUUUAACGUGGAAGAUAUUGCUUUUUCAUAAGAUAAAUUCGUGUUUAGCAUCUUGUGACGCAUCACAGGCAUUGGUGCCGCGCGAUUAGUCAGCGCCAGUCACUGACUAGCGCGGUACAUACUUUCGGAGUUGACGGACUGACGUCGUAGUCGAGUGCAAAUGACUACAUGUCAAAGUCAGUGAGCGGCGUACUUUAAGUGCACUUUCUACCGGUGGAGCUGGAUUUCCUCCGAUUGAAUAAAAAUGUUGGCUCUCAUCAAUCGAAUUUUGGAUUGGUUUAAAUCCCUCUUUUGGAAAGAGGAGAUGGAACUCACUCUUGUUGGCUUGCAGUACAGUGGAAAAACCACCUUCGUAAAUGUUAUAGCGUCAGGACAAUUCAGCGAAGAUAUGAUCCCAACUGUUGGUUUUAAUAUGCGUAAAAUAACAAAAGGCAAUGUAACUAUAAAGGUAUGGGAUAUUGGAGGUCAACCAAGGUUUAGAUCAAUGUGGGAAAGAUAUUGCAGAGGAGUGAAUGCAAUAGUAUAUAUGGUAGAUGCAGCUGAUUCUGAAAAAAUAGAAGCAAGUCGCAAUGAAUUACACAAUCUAUUAGACAAACCUCAGCUAUCUGGUAUACCAGUGCUGGUUCUUGGUAACAAAAGGGACUUACCUCUUUCUUUGGAUGAAAAUGGGCUUAUAGAAAGAAUGAAUUUAUCAGCAAUUCAAGAUCGUGAGAUCUGUUGCUAUAGCAUUUCAUGCAAAGAGAAAGACAAUAUUGAUAUAACAUUGCAGUGGCUUAUAGCACAUUCUAAAAGUGGUGUUCGUUAAUAUGUGUAACUAAUUUUAUGUACUUACUCAUCUUUAUCGAAAAGCCCAAAAUAUUGAUAGAAUGGGGAUCAAAUGUGCAAGGGAGUGUUGAGUAAUGAUUUUAUUCUGAAUUGAGUGAUCAAUUAUUGUAGACACUUUUUUUAAACCUAAGCUUUAGCUGUUAUCUAUUCAGUCAUAUAAAAAUCAUAGAAAGUUUAAUGAAGAAAAAAAACAAAGAAAUUAUGCUUAAACCAAAUAUGCUCAUGCAAAUGAUAACAAGACACAUACAUCCUGCAAGCACCUUAGAAAUAAGUAACAAUUUUUUAUAUUGUGUUUUCAGAUAAUCAAUUUAAGUAACAGUGCUGUUAUUCUAACUUAAAUCCUUCAAGAAAAAAUAGCAUUUAAUGGUUAAUGUAGAAAUGAUGAUAGCUAGUACGAAUACAAGCGCAAAAUAAUAUCAAUUAUCAUAUAGUACACAUUUUUGAAACUAUUUAAUUAAGAUUAAUAGAUCACAACAUAGAGAUUAUGAACAAUUGAUUGCUAUAUGUACACGAAUAUGAUGCUAAGUAAACUUGUAUAAUUAAUGGAGAAUUAUUAACAAUAUUAUAUCAAUUUAUUACGAUCCUUAAAGUAUGACAGUUGUGUUAUGUAUAUACACACACAUACACGUAUACAUACAUAUAUAUACAUACAUAUAAAAAGGAAUAAAACAAUGUAAUCCAUUUUUUAAAUGGAAGCUUGCCUUUGAUAAAAUUUUUAUUAUCAUUGGAAAAUAAAAACAAUAAAAUGUUGUAUGUUUUUAAAACAAUAAUAUAGAAUUUUAAGCUAUGUUAUCUUUCCGGUGCAGAAACGUUAUUGGUUGAUAUGCAUGACGUCAUAGCACUAUCGAUUGUGUAUUGUCAAGAGUCGAUUCAUCUUUAGCGAGUUUAUUUACUGCCCUACAUAGUUUGUGUAAGUGUAAUUAUAAUGAUUGUAUGUACAAGAUUAUCCACUUAACUUUCGAGUUUCGAGUUUCGACCCACGCUCGUCAGAACAUAUGAGAAUGGCAACAGCGUAACAUAUACGCUUAUGAUACAGUUAAAUGUAGCACACCAUCUAUGAGCGGUUGCUAGAAAUAUAAUUAAGCGAAAACAGAGCGAUUUGGGUGUCUCCGAAGGACUUUAAAUUUGACAUCACAAUAAGAAGAAAACGAUUUUCGCCCGAUGAUUUCAUGCCUCUAUGCGCUUCCAAACAAGCAAGCGCAACCAACUUCGUUCCUAUAUGUAACUUAACUUUUUUUUUUAUUAAUAACUGAUAUCUUGGACUAUGCUUACCUGAAAUCCAAUUACAACGUAAUUUUUUUUUUUAUUUAAAAUUAUAUUCAACUAUCAAAGUUAUUAGCAAAUUACAAUGAAAUGGUUCACAAUCUUACAAACAUCAAGGCCUUUUUUCUAUUUCAUCCAGUAAUUUUCAUUUUUAACGUAUUAAACAUUUCCUUCUACAUCAUACUUCAAAAUUUGUUAACAACCACUUUCUAGAAAUUGACUGCUAUUACCUUAUUUUGAUCGCUCUGUUAUGAAUAUAUCGAACGUAAGAAUAAGGAACAAGGAGAGCAACUGAGAUACAAGACAUCUCGCAGACUAAAUGCCUAAAUAUGAAUCCUGUGAAAUGUUUUGUUAUAUCUCAAUUGCUUUCUUAUUCUUACAUUCGACGCAUUCAAACAAUCGUGUUCCGAAUUUCACAAUUUCUGAAGAACCAAUUUUUUCAGUGACUCUAAGAGCAUCUGAAGAAGAGCUUUCCAUUAAAGCUGAAGAUGAUCCGCACCCGAGAAGACAUCAAGAAAGCAUGUAUCAAAAGUCGAAAGGAAGGACGAGGAGCACUUAGGAUUUCCUCAACGGCGAAAAUUUAUUUAUUUUCUUUAUUUUUUGUUAAUAAAUUACUAUAUUCUGACAUUUUGUACUAUUUCUAACCCUGCUUUAUAUGUGUCAUCGUUCAAAAAUAUAGUAAACAAUUAAUUGUCAUUCUUAUACUUGCCUAUCUCAGGUAGAAUAAUAGUUAUGAACUUUUUCGUAGAACCAUACAAUUAAAUAGGUUCUUGUAAGGUAGAAUUCAAUAUGUUCAUAUCUAUACUAAUGUGUAACCAAACAGGGCAAAUCCCUAACUUUAAGUUUAAAUACAUAGAUUCUUAUAUAUGCUAAGGUUCAACCAAACAGGGCAGAUCCCUACUUUUAUAGGUUCUUGUACAUGCUAAUUUCAAUUUAAACUCAACACUUGGCCGCAUGGUGUUAGCAAGCUGUACUAUGAAACAACUAAAACUACGGACGUGAGCACUCUCAUUUCCUCUCUGAUAGUAUAUAUAAUUAACUAUAACCUGAGAACAUUUUAUAAGUAAGAACAACAAUACAUCAAAUAAUAAAUAUUUAUUUAAAAAUUAACAUGCGAACAACAACUGAUGAUGAUCCAUAUGCUCAUGUAGCAAAAGGACCAUUGAAACUUAAAAAUGAUCAAAGUGUGAUUAAAAA